CUCGCGGGCGCGGAGCGCGGCGGGUGGCGGGCCGGGGGCGAGGGUGGCGGCUCCCUCAGGACCCGGCGCGGGCGGCGCGAUGCGGCGGGUCACGCUGUUCUUGAACGGCAGUCCCAGGAACGGCAAGGUGGUUGCUGUCUAUGGAACUUUGUCUGAUUUGCUUUCAGUGGCCAGCAGUAAACUUGGCAUAAAAGCCACCAGUGUAUAUAAUGGAAAAGGUGGACUGAUUGAUGAUAUUGCUUUGAUCAGGGAUGAUGAUGUGUUGUUUGUAUGUGAAGGAGAACCAUUUAUUGAUCCUCAGACAGAUUCUAAACCACCUGGAGGAUUACUAGGAUCUCACACAGACUGGCUGACAUUAAAUGUAGGAGGACGAUAUUUUACAACAACAAGGAGCACUUUAGUGAAUAAAGAGCCCGACAGUAUGCUGGCGCACAUGUUCAAGGACAAAGGUGUCUGGGGAAAUAAGCAAGAUCAUAGAGGAGCUUUCUUAAUUGACAGAAGUCCUGAGUACUUUGAACCUAUUUUGAACUACUUACGUCAUGGACAGCUCAUUGUGAACGAUGGCAUUAACUUACUGGGCGUGCUAGAAGAAGCCAGGUUUUUUGGUAUUGACUCACUGAUCGAACAUCUAGAAGUGGCCAUAAAGAAUUCCCAACCACCGGAGGAUCACUCACCAAUAUCUCGAAAGGAAUUUGUUCGAUUUCUGCUGGCCACUCCAACGAAGUCAGAGCUGCGCUGCCAGGGCUUAAACUUCAGUGGUGCUGAUCUUUCCCGUUUGGACCUUCGAUACAUUAACUUCAAAAUGGCCAAUUUAAGCCGCUGCAACCUUGCACAUGCAAAUCUCUGCUGUGCUAAUCUUGAACGAGCUGAUCUUUCUGGAUCAGUUCUCGACUGUGCAAAUCUCCAGGGAGUCAAGAUGCUCUGCUCAAACGCAGAAGGCGCAUCCCUGAGGCUCUGUAAUUUUGAGGAUCCUUCCGGUCUUAAAGCCAACUUAGAGGGUGCUAAUCUGAAAGGCGUGGAUAUGGAAGGAAGUCAGAUGACAGGAAUUAACCUUCGAGUUGCCACCUUAAAAAAUGCAAAACUGAAGAACUGUAAUCUCAGAGGGGCAACUUUGGCAGGAACCGACUUGGAGCCCCACAAAUGCUGGAAUCAUAGGUGUGUGCCUCCAUACCUGGCUCAGUGGCCGUUGUCUACAGAGUGCUGCCAAGUGCUACUUCCCGCACUGAGAACUGUGAUUUGUCCGGGUGUGACCUCCAGGAAGCCAACCUGAGAGGUUCCAACGUGAAGGGUGCCAUAUUUGAAGAGAUGCUGACACCGUUACAUAUGUCCCAGAGUGUCAGAUGAGAGUGGCAAGAGCUGGAGGAAGAUGUCUCUGAUGAAAACGUGUCUUUAUUUUAUUUCUUCAUCCAUCGAAUUGUCUACAGGAGAUAACAUUGUACGGGAAUUAGAAGCAAAUGCUUGUUCCCAGAGGUGCAUAAGGGGAAACAACUGGAUUUCCCCCAUAUUGUGACUGUAGCAGAAGAACACUCUGUUUAUAGAUGUAGGGAAAGUAGAUCGUGCUGCUGCAUUUUGAGUGGAGUUGAGGCAUUUGUCUGGUUUCUGACCAGGAGUAGUAUCUAUUAUAUUUGCUUUUAUAUAGGCACUGUGUAGAAGUACCAUCUUGGUUUACGAUGCAUUUGAGAAUUUUAAUUUAUGAAAAGCACAAUAUAUAUGCAAAUAUAUUUAUUGAACACCUAGAUACAAUAAGGAUGUUUAAAUUGUUAAACGUCUUGAAAACUGAAGAGUUGUUGAAGUUUAUAAAUAGCUUUAGUGAUGCCUUCCCUCCUCAAAUCCCUAUCACCAUGUGAGUGUGGUGAGGGUAAGACUCCCUAUGGCUCUUUUCAGAUUCAUUUCUAUAAUGUUUGAGUCCCAUUCUGUCCUCCCAUUUUGAGGCAGGAUGGAAGGAAAGACCUUGUAUAUUACUCUGUAGGAGGAGGAAGGCUCCACCAGUUGCUGCAGCUAUCCAGUGAGCAUGCCUCGGCUUCGUCAUGGGCAAGUUCCAUUCAGCACUAGCUUAGGCUGCUCUGUCCAUUCAGAGUCCAGUUCUCGUGCUCAGUUCUCACAAGCAUAAGAAGAUACUUCAGAACCAAAACACCAACCUGUAUCCUCAGCAUAGUUCAUGUAAUGCCAAGUAGUUUGUACAGGAGCAGCUUAGAAUAACCUAAAUCCACUGCAGUUUGAACUAUAAAGUAUGAAUAAAUGCUGUAGAGUGGCUUAUGAGAAGGCAACAUCAGAUGGUUACAGCUAAAACCCUACAGUGGGGACCAAGGAGUUCUAAACUGAUGGUUUGAUUAGAGCCACCAAAAGAUGAUGAAUAAAAAUUAAGCAUUCGGCUAGUAUAAGCUACAUUAUCAGUCAGUCAGUAAUUGUGGUUCUUAAUUUUUAAAAAAAAUUCUGUUGUCUUGUUUUUGAGUGAAAUUGUAGUCAAGUUUUCUUGAGUUAUUCAUUAUCUGUGCAACAGCAGCAGCAGUAGGGCCUUCUUAGUGGGUGUCCCAGUGUCCUUAUGUGUUUUCUAAGAGCAGGGAAUAUAAGCUGUGUCCAAAUGGGUUCUAAAUCCUACAGACUCAUCAGCUUGAGGUAGUGAGUCAUCACAGGUGACCUUGUCUCCUUCAGGAGAGUGGCAUGUCUUCAUUAUUCUGUAGCUUAUUCUUCUACCUACAUAUGCAAAGCUUUCCUUCACAGUAAAGGGCUCACAUGCACAGUGGGAGGAGAGCGCACCUUUACAGGGACAGGAAAGCAACUUUGAAAAUGAAUUAUUUUCUUUGCGUUAUUAUUUUUACCAAGACAGAGAAGUAUUGUAUUGAGAGAUACCUAUUUUCAUAAUCAAUAUGUGCCUAAAUUAUAUUUAACUCAUUUCACUGCACUCUAUUUUCAAUAAUUAUAGACUGUGUUCGUUCACUGAAUGGUCCUCUGCAGACAGACCUGAGACUGCAGAGGAGCUGGAAGAUGUAAACACGGUGCGCUUGGGAACUGCAGGGUUCAGAUCUGAUGUAAACCGCAUUAAUAAACAGUGUGGAACGCUGA